ACACGUGGCGACGCAUUACUGAAGCCCUUGAAUCUGCCACGCCGUCAGUGAUGUCUGCGCAGUCGGCAGCGGCGGUUGACGCUCUUGAACACGCUGGGAAAGAUGUGCGUUGUAGUCUGUGUGAUAACCAGACAUUCCGCAUGGAUUUAACAAUCUCCAGCGUGAUUUCUGUUAGGAUACACUCUCCUGCUGUGGGCACACACCACACACGUUUGUGUCUCGCUCGAUGUGGACCGGCUUUAUACUAGUGAGGACUUAAAGGCUGCUCGAGACGAGGGAAAGUACAUGUUAGCCAGCUAACUGCUGCUGUCACUGUGAAAGUGACAGUAAAACUUCCCUAACAAGUGACUUAAACGUCCUGCGAGGCUCAAACUCGCUGUUCCUGUGACUCUGGAUCAUCACUUCGCAUAAAAGAGGAGGAAUGGCGUUGAGCGCUAGCCUGUGUCGUGUGACUCUGGGGGUCGAGGGCAUGACCUGCGGCUCCUGUGUCCAGUCCAUUGAGGGCCGGAUUGGGGGUCUGCCAGGUGUCAAUCAUAUACAGGUGUCUCUGGAGCUGAAUAAUGCAACUGUGACAUAUGACCACACUCGACAUAGUCCAGAAUCCCUAGCAGAGGCCAUUGAAGACAUGGGCUUUGAGUGCAGCCUGACAAACGCCACGUCAACACCAGUCCAAACAGAAACCAAAGUCUUCAGCACAGCAGGCUGUAGCACAGACUCUAUCCAGCAGGCACGGAGCGCGCUGGCCCAAACUAAAGGGGUGGUGGAGACACAGGACAGCGCUGAUAACCAAGGCCUGGCUGUCACGUACGUCCCGUCUCUGAUCAGUGCGGAGCGGCUUGAGGACGUGAUGAGCUGCCUGGCUCCUGAUGUGCAGGUAGGGCCGAGUUCUCGCUCCUCCAGCGGAGUGGAAGCGGUGAAAAUGCGUAUUGAAGGAAUGGUUUGCCUGUCCUGCACUACAACCAUAGAGGGCAAGAUUGGGAAGUUAAAAGGCGUUGAGAAGAUUAAAGUCUCUCUAGAAUCCCAGGAGGCCGCUGUAGUGUACCUGCCUUACGUCGUCACGGUGGAUGAGAUUGUGAACCAAAUCGAGGUGGCUGGUUUCAAGGCCAUUGUUAAGUCAAAACCUCGUCAGUUAAAGCUUUCAGUGAGUGAACUAGAGCGCUUGCUCAGCGCUCCCAAACAGACUGCCGCCUCCUCUCCAGAGGAGAAGCUUUCAGAGCCGUCCACAGACUCCAGCAUCACUACAGUGCUUCAGGUGACAGGAAUGCACUGCAAGUCUUGCGUGGUCAAUAUUCAGGACAAUAUAUCCAAGCUGCCUGGAGUGAGUUCGGUCGUCGUGUCCUUGGAGAACAGACAAGCUUCGAUUCAACACAACCCAAAACAAAUCUCAGCGGUGGAGCUACGGAAAGCCAUCGAAGGCCUUCCUCCAGGGAAAUUUAAAGCUAUCCUCCCAACUUCCUCAGAGCCAAGCUUCCUCCAGCCGCUGGUAUCAGUCACAGAGAUCCACAUCGAGGGCAUGACCUGUGGCUCCUGUGUUCAGUCCAUCGAGGACAUGAUCUCCCAGAAGAAAGGAGUGAGAUCGGCCCGAGUGUCACUGUCCAAUCAUCAGGGAACCUUUGAGUAUGACCCUUUAGUGAUGACCCCUGAGGAGCUGAGGGCCACCAUAGAGGACAUGGGCUUUGAUGCUUUUCUCUUAAAAUCUGAGGGGUACUUCAACAACAUGGAUUCUUUGGAGGAACUGAAUCAAUGGAAGAGAUCAUUUCUCAUCAGCUUGUUUUUCUGCGUGCCUGUUAUGGGCAUGAUGAUGUACAUGAUAAUCGUGGAUCACCAGAUGGACAAGUACCACUCCACCAUGUUCCUGGAGAAACAGCUUCUGCCGGGGCUUUCCAUCAUGAACCUGAUCUCGUUUCUCUUCUGUGUCCCUGUGCAGUUUAUCGGUGGGCGGUAUUUCUACUGUCAAGCCUAUAAAGCUGUCAAGCACAGGACGGCCAAUAUGGAUGUGCUGAUUGUUCUGGCAACAACAAUCGCAUUUACAUACUCAUUGGUGAUUCUCCUGGUUGCCAUGGUGGAGGGAGCGAAAGUGAACCCCAUCACCUUUUUUGAUACUCCGCCCAUGCUGUUUGUCUUCAUCUCGCUGGGCAGGUGGCUGGAGCAGAUAGCAAAGAGUAAGACCUCGGAGGCUCUGUCCAAGCUGAUGUCUUUACAGGCGACAGAUGCCACUGUUGUUACACUGAACGAUGACAUGUCCGUGUUAAGCGAGGAGCAGGUGGAUGUGGAACUUGUGCAGAGAGGAGAUGUUGUGAAGGUUGUGCCCGGAGGGAAGUUUCCAGUCGAUGGCCGAGUGAUUGAAGGACACUCGAUGGCAGACGAGUCUCUCAUUACAGGUGAAGCCAUGCCCGUCACUAAGAAGCCGGGCAGCACCGUCAUCGCGGGCUCCAUCAAUCAGAACGGCUCUCUGCUGAUCAAAGCCACUCAUGUGGGCACAGACACCACCCUCUCUCAGAUCGUCAAACUGGUGGAGGAGGCGCAGACUUCAAAGGCUCCCAUCCAGCAGUUUGCGGAUAAGAUCAGCGGCUACUUCGUCCCGUUCAUCGUUGGGGUUUCCUUCCUGACUCUCGUAGCCUGGAUUCUGAUCGGCUUUGUGAACUUUCCGCUUGUGGAGAAGUAUUUUCCUGGUUAUGAUAAGAGCAUUUCUGAGGCAGAGGCCGUCAUCCGCUUCGCCUUCCAGGCCUCCAUCACUGUCCUCUGCAUCGCCUGCCCCUGCUCUCUGGGUCUGGCCACUCCGACCGCGGUUAUGGUGGGAACCGGUGUGGGAGCCCAGAACGGGAUCCUCAUCAAGGGAGGAGAGCCGUUAGAGAUGGCACACAAGAUUCAGUCUGUGGUGUUUGAUAAAACCGGCACCAUCACGUACGGAGCUCCUAAAGUGGUCCAGGUGAAGAUGCUGGUGGAGGGCAAUCGGAUGCCACGCUCUAAGCUGCUGGCGAUCAUCGGCACUGCUGAAAAUAACAGUGAACAUCCACUGGGUGCUGCCAUCACCAAAUAUUGCAGACAGGAGCUGGGUACGGAGUCUCUUGGCACCUGUACAGAUUUCCAAGCCGUGCCAGGUUGUGGGAUCAGGUGUCUGGUCAGUAACACAGAAAACCUGCUGAAGAGAGACGACAGCGACAGUGAGGAGAACCAGCGCAAUGCCGUCUUGAUCCAGAUCAGCGACACCAGAGCGCACGGCAAUAACCACCCGCUCAUCAUGGACCCGCAGCCGCUCACUGUAGUCCAGACGGCCUCGUUCACCGUGCUGAUAGGGAACAGAGAGUGGAUGAGGAGGAACGCGCUGCAGGUGCGAGCAGAUGUGGAUGAAGCCAUGACGGAGCACGAGAAGAGAGGACGCACUGCUGUGCUGGUGGCUGUGGACAAUGAGCUUUGUGCAAUGGUGGCCAUAGCGGACACGGUGAAGCCUGAGGCUGAGCUGGCCGUCCGCACUCUCACAGCGAUGGGGCUGGAGGUCGUGCUGAUGACGGGAGACAACAGCAAAACAGCUCGAGCCAUCGCUGCCCAGGUGGGCAUCAGGAAGGUGUUUGCCGAGGUCUUGCCAUCUCACAAGGUGGCGAAAGUGGAGCAGCUCCAGCAAGCGGGAAAACGCGUCGCAAUGGUGGGCGACGGAGUGAACGACUCGCCGGCGCUGGCCAUGGCAGAUGUGGGCAUCGCUAUAGGCACGGGCACAGAUGUAGCCAUCGAGGCAGCCGACGUGGUGCUCAUCAGGAAUGAUCUUCUUGAUGUUGUUGGGAGUAUCGACCUCUCUAAGAAGACCGUGAAAAGAAUCAGAAUCAACUUUGUAUUUGCACUGAUCUACAAUCUUGUGGGGAUUCCCAUUGCUGCAGGUGUGUUUAUGCCGGUGGGUUUGGUGCUGCAGCCCUGGAUGGGCUCUGCUGCGAUGGCCGCCUCCUCCGUGUCUGUAGUGCUGUCCUCUCUCUUACUCAAAUGCUACACUAAACCCAGCGCUGAGAAACUGGAGAGACGACUGGGCGAGGUGAGGAGACACGGCAGCCUGUCGGACGUCAGCGUUCACAUCGGCAUGGGAGAGCUGCGCCGGCCCUCGCCCAAACUCAGCCUGCUCGACCGCUUCGUCAACUACAGCCGGGCCUCCAUCAACUCGCUGCGCUCCGACAAGCACUCGAUGAACAGCAUGGCCCUCAGCGAGCCCGACAAGCACUCUCUGCUGGUGGGAGACGCUCACUGCGAGGAGGAGAUGGUCUGAGCUUUACCUCAGUGCCUGUAGACCAGGGGCGUCCCGAUUCAGUCGCCUCAGGAGAGGUUUGUCACAGUGAUGCUGCAUGGGUCAGCUUACACAGCUUUGGCUGUCCGGCCGUUCGUAUCACUAAAGGCUUUCAGAGGCGCUCCGUUUACAUUACGAGUAUUCUCGCUGACCAAUUUAAAGGGAUAGUACACCCAAAAAUUCUAUCAUUUAGUCACACUCAAGUUGUACCUGUAUGAGUUUAGCCACAAAAAAAGAAGGUAUUUUACAUAUGUUUGUAACCAAACUGUUGCUAAAUGCUAUGAAAAAAUACUAUGGAAAUCAAUGGGAACCAGAAACAGUUUGGUUACCAUCAUGAUAUCUUCUAUUGUGUUCUGCAGAAGAAAGAAACUCAUAGAGCUUUGGAACAACGUGAGGGUGAAUAAAUGACAGGAUUGUCAUUUUUGGGUGCACUGUCCCUUUAAGGAUGACAAUCCAGGUAAGGAAAAUCAACUAAAAAAAAAAAAAAAAAAAUAUUUUUGUGAAAACAGCAAUUUAAAAGUGAUUGUGUUUUAUGAUCAUGAUUAAGUGAAUAUUUAUUACAUCUUUUAUUUAUAGUAUAUUAUAUACUUUUUUGUGGAACAUGAAGGAAUGUGAAAAUUUCUUUUAAAGGCGAACAAAUGAACUCUACGUUUUCAUAUUCCUCAAGUGCUGAGAUGCAUUACAUUCCAAAGAAACCGCAAUCUGCCGUCAAAGGAUCAGGUCGUUUGUGAUGUUAGUAACCAAGAAAACGCUAAACCAUUUUAAGUGUCUUUUAAGAUUCAGCAUAUUCAUUUUAUCAUUCAGCAACACUUGAGCUGCCUUUGCCAUAUUUAAAUGUAGAUUAGCUCGUCAACUUUAAGCUUUUAAAUGUAGUUUUGUUUUUAUCUUCAUUUAAUUUGAACACCCAGUGGUUUGUGUGAACUGACAGCGUGACUGAGCGCAGCACAUUUGUAUACAGCCGUUUGCAUUAAUGCCCUUAACAGAUACAUAAAUAUUCAACAUGUCACAGCGCGACCUGAAUCAGGUUACUGAAAUACAUUACUGACUAACACGUUCUAAGCUUUUGAAAUUAUUUUGAAAAUUAUUAUCCUAAAUAAAUAAAUAAAUUUAAAAAAAAAAAAUAUAUAUAUAUAUAUAUAUAUAUAUAUA